UUUCAUCUCAACAUCGAUAUUGAUAAUCAAUAUGAGUAUUAUUAUUACUUUGUUAAUUACUACAUUCUCCCUGUGGAAACCAAUUUUUACAGAUCAAAUUAAGACUUAUGCCGAAAGACCAAUGGCUAACAGUGAAAAUUAUUCCGUUUCAAUUGCCUCUCAAUAUGUUUGUGAUUUGGGCGAAGGACCAUUUUAUGAAUCAACAAGUGAUUCCAUUUAUUAUGUUGAUGCUUUCAAGGGAACCAUAAUUCGUUCACCAUUAAAUAACGAACCAAAAGAUAUUCACGCUCUCGGCUUCAGAUUAGUGUCCCUAAUUAUUCCAUACGCUAAUGACAGUCAAACUUUUCUGAUAACUCUGGACGAAAAAGUGGCCAAAUACAAUUGGGCUACUCGUAAUGUUCAAAUAUUGUCUUCUUUACCUCCACACGUAGAUGGCAAAGAGAGAUUUAACGAUGGAAAAUGUGAUUCUCGCGGUCGACUAAUCGUAGGAUCAGUUGUUGAAUCGAAUCAAUUUCAAGGAAUUGUUAAAGGCAAAGGAUCCAUCUAUCGUCUUGAAGGUAAUCAGCUGAAGAAGUUGGCUGAUGGUUUUACCCUGUCUAAUGGUAUGGAUUGGUCUGUUGAUGGAGAACUAUUCUAUUUCAAUGAUUCUGAGGACCAGAAAAUAUAUGUAUUUGAUUAUGAUCAGGAAAAUGGAACCUUAUCAAAUAAAAGAGUUUUCAUUGAUUUUAAAAAUCACACUGAGUUCAAGUCAAAUGAAUAUCCUGAUGGUUUGGUUGUUGAUGCUAACAAUUUCAUUUGGACUGCUCUUUAUGGUGGAGGUCGAUUGGUCAAGAUCAAUUCAAGAACAGCAAAAGUUGAAUUAUCAAUUAAUGUUCCUGCUUCUAAAGUUACUUCGUUAACCUUUGGUGAACCUCAAUUGAACAAAAUUUACGUUACAUCUUCUCAUUCAGAGACUGAACCAGAUUCUGGUAAACUUUACUUGAUCCAUUCCAUAAAUAGUGAAAUAAAAGGUAAAGGUUUAGCACAAAAAUUUGUUUCUUAAACACUGUUGACUAUUUUAAUUGUUCAACUGUAAAAAUAUUUUUGUCAUUCUCGAUAAAAAUUUUACAAAUAAUGUUUUAUAACUUGAAAUCAAUCAAUAAAAUUUACUUUAAU